UUGAAAGGAAGGAAGGUUCCCCUGUUUCCUAGAGCUGAGGUUGAUGCAGAGAAUGUGGGUAAGCAGUGUUGUCCCUGGGCUUGGGGAUCCCCGCCCCUUUCCUGGCCCAGCCAGUAAGUCUGCACUGGGGGCUGCCUGCCCGCGGCAUGCUGGGACAUGUGCAGGCCCGGGUUCCUGCUGGGACUCUCAUUUUGAACCUGCAGUAUAUGGUCUCGGGCAUGUUCCUUCUGCCAUGAGCCUCUGUUUCGCUGUCUUAAGAAACCUGAGGGUGGCAAGGCCCCUCUGCCUCUCCCCCCAGGUCUGGGGAUCAUGGGAACACGUGUGUCUUGGUGAGAGUGUUUACUGGCAGCCCUGGCUCCCUUAGAGGGCAGACGCAAGUUCAUGAAACAUGCCGGGGGCAUUUGACGUGUCCCCACCACAGCUGGGAAUGGGGAAUAGCACCACUGGUUCUCGGAAGCCCCACAUGCUCUUCCCUUUGGGAAGUGAGGGAUUUUGCUGGGACCUGUUUGGUUGUAGAAGAUAGAAGUUGUAGGAGCUGCACUGGUGCUCCUAGGGGACUUCUGGGUGACCUGGGAAGGUCCACAAAACAUCUUACUCCCUUCAUACUAUGUGCAGGGAUGAGCUGAUGUUUGGGAGCUGUUGAAGAAGGGGCUCUUGGCUGUGUGUGUCUCUUACAUGGGUCUGUGGCGCGUAUUUCUUGGUGAGAGCUGUGCAGAGCCACAGGCCCAGCGGGACAGCCUAGUGGUCCCGGCAUGGGGUCGUGGUAGGCUCUCAUCCCUCCGUGGCUGUCUCCACGCGGGGGCCUGGCCUACUCUCUGUGCCGUGGACAUUGGGAAAGCAAUAUGUCCUAGAGCACAGUCCUCUGCAGAGUGAUGGACUCUCUAGAAGACCGAAGUCGCGUGGUGCACAGGUGUCCCAGGCCCCGUCCAGAUUGGCCGCAGCCUCCUCAAGGCCGAUGGUCCUGUGCUGAGCAGGGCUCAGCGAGCCUGGAUGGGCAGGAGGCGUGUGUCACUGGUUGAGGCUGCCACAGUCAGCGGCGCUCACCAGUUCUCACAGGCUCUUCCGUACGGGGUUCUCAGGGGGUCCGACCGAGACGGUUUUGUCAGAAAGAUUAAAGUGCUUGCGCCUGGGUGUGCUGUGACACGAUUAGCGCUGGGCUCUGACCCUGGGCUUCCGGCUUGCUCUCGCUCCUGAGAACUGGCUCUCCGUUGUGCCCAGCUCUGCUUCCGUGUGGGAAUCGGAGCUCUCGUGAGAGAACGGUGGUAAGUCUUCACCUGGGCGAGUGUCUGUCUUCUUUCUUGUCCGGUAAGUCGCUUAGCUUUGCCCUCGGCAGGUAAUGCUGGUGGUCGCCCUUCUGCUAGACUUUUAACGCUGUUUAAUAAAACAGCCUUGUAACUCUUCAUGAAUUUUAAAAUCAGUGUGUUUGUUUGCUCUUGAUGGUCCUGUUCCCAUUCCAGCAAGCCAUGUCCUCCAACCGAUGAGCGAUUGGUUGCAGGGUUUUCGGAUGUCAUUCUGGCAACAAUUUUGGCAACCAAGUCUGAAAUGUGUGGCCAGAAAUUUGAACUGAAGAUUGAUAAUGUGCGGUUUGUUGGACACCCGACCCUGCUGCAGCACGGCCUGGGGCAGGUACGGCCUGGGGCAGGUUUCAAAAACAGACCCAUCUCCGAAGAGGGAAGCCCCCACGAUGAUUCUUUUUAAUGUGGUGUUUGCGCUGAGGGCCAACGCGGACCCGUCGGUCAUCAACUGCCUGCACACGCUGUCCCGGCGCAUCGCCACCGUGCUGCAGCAUGAGGAGCGCCGCUGCCAGUACCUCACGCGGGAGGCCAAGCUGAUCCUGGCGCUGCAGGACGAGGUGUCUGCCAUGGCUGACGCGAGUGAUGGUCCUCAGUCCCCGUUUCAUCAUAUCCUGCCCAAGUGCAAGCUGGCCAGGGACCUCAAGGAGGCUUACGACAGCCUGUGUACGUCCGGCGUGGUGCGGCUACAUGUCAACAGCUGGCUGGAGGUGAGCUUCUGCCUGCCCCACAAGAUCCACUACGCUGCCUCCAGCCUCAUCCCCCCCGAGGCCAUCGAGCGGAGCCUCAAAGCCAUCCGCCCGUACCACGCUCUGCUGCUGCUCAGUGACGAGAAGUCCCUGCUGGGCGAGCUGCCCCUCGACUGCUCCCCGGCCCUGGUGCGCGUGAUCAAGACCACAUCCGCCGUGAAGAACCUGCAGCAGCUGGCCCAGGACGCAGACCUGGCCUUGCUGCAGGUUUUCCAGCUCGCCGCCCACCUGGUGUACUGGGGCAAGGCCAUCAUCAUCUACCCGCUGUGUGAGAACAACGUCUACAUGCUUUCUCCCAAUGCCAGCGUGUGUCUGUACUCCCCACUGGCCGAACAGUUCUCCCGCCAGUUUCCGGCUCAUGACCUGCCCUCUGUCCUUGCUAAGUUCUCCUUGCCUGUCUCCUUGUCAGAAUUCAGGAACCCCCUCGCCCCCCCUGUGCAAGAGACCCAGCUCAUUCAGAUGGUGGUGUGGAUGCUGCAGCACCGGCUGCUGGUGCAGCUGCACACCUACGUUUGCCUCAUGGCCUCACCCAGCGAGGAGGAGCCCCACGCCCGGGAGGACGAGGUCCCCUUCACUGCCAGGGUCGGCGGCCGCAGCCUCAGCACGCCCAAUGCUCUCAGCUUUGGCUCCCCAAGUAGGAGCCCCCUGCCCCGGGCGUCUGUGUGCCCCAGCAUGGAUAACUCCAGCGCGGAGCUCCUGCCCGGCGGGGACUCUCCCCUGAACAAGAGGAUGACAGAGAACCUGCUGGCCAGCCUGUCCGAGCAUGAGCGGGCGGCCAUCCUCAGCGUGCCUGCGGCCCAGAACCCCGAGGACCUCCGCAUGUUUGCCAGGCUCCUACACUACUUCCGUGGCCGCCACCACCUGGAGGAGAUCAUGUACAACGAGAACACACGGCGCUCCCAGCUGCUCACGCUGUUCGACAAGUUCCGCAGCGUGUUGGUCGUGACGGCCCACGAGGACCCGGUCAUCGCUGUCUUCCAAGCGCUGCUUCCGUGAGCCGGGCCCAGGACGACACAGAGGAGGUGGCAGGCUGCUGCUGUGGGCGCUGGGCUGUCCCCCCGCCCCAGGGCCCCCCACGCCCCCGGCUAGGCUGAGCCCUCUGAGGCCUGAGUGGAUCCAGCAGCAGCCUUGGGGCGGAUGCCCUCCGUUCUCGUCCUCACCUGGUCCUUAAACCGCCUCUGUGUCUGAGCUGAGGAGACGAGGCUCCCCGCUGGAAGGAGUGUCCAGGACUCAGGCCUGCUGGCCUCCUGCGCAGAGUCAGGGUGUGCUUCUCUCAGACCCUCCUCCCAACCCUGCCCUCGUUCUCUGGUCCCAUCCGCUGCUGCCUUCCUCAUGGCCACCCUGGGACUUACAGAGAACUGUGUCUGACAUGAGAGCGGAGAGCCCGGCUGUGCCAUGUGCCCUCUGCUGCUCCUGUGAGUCCUGGGCCUUUUGCAGCCUGGCCCCUGCAACGGCUCUUGUGUUCACCAGGAGCCUCGUGACCAAGCUGUCACCACCAGCACCCCCGCCCCGGGACUCCUGCUGCACAAGGGCCUGGGCCGAUGCCCGUCUUUGGGGUGAGUCUGCCCUGGUGCCCUCCAGCUUCCCUCACACAGACCUGAGGGACAGUGUGCCUAGCCUGCACCCGCAGGGCCUCCAGAGUCCGGUGCUGGAGGGGGAACCGACUGCAAGCACAUGUUGACCCCUGAGGGGGCUCUGGCCGAGACACAGGAAAUAAUGUUUUCUAGACAUAAAGUGUUUAUUGGGUUUUUAUAGAAUUAAAAAGCCUCGUGGGCGCAGACGCUCA